AUGUUUAAGAGGGCUGAUUUCGUACUAUAUUUUAAGCAAGAUUUUUUUAAUGGCUUAUUUUAUCAAUUCAGAGAGAAUAGAAGCAGGAGAAAUAAAAGGGGGAAGCGGAAGGAAGUAGGCAGAAGCCAAGGGUUUCGAGCCUGGAGACAUACUUUGCCUGCGAGUUAUCUAGAGAUAAUAGUUGCUUCUAUAAAAGACUCAGUAAUUCACACUGUACCUUCUGACAAUUGGAAAGGCUCUCCGAUGCAAAAUAUGAGUGAUAAGGAUUCACAGCAUGAAUUAGUCCAAUCAGCAUACAAUUAUCCGAGCAAUGGCAUUCCAUGGUGGAAUUCAUGUGGACCACAUAUUUUGUUGUAUCCAACCACCGCUAACUUAUAUGCCAGCAUGAACACUCCGGUAUCCAAUCAGAUAAAACAAGUUGAAAAUCAGAUGUUGGAGCAAGAAUCAUCAUCUACACAGUCCAGUGGGAGUUCCCAUGGUGAAUUGUCAAAAGAGAGUGAUGAUAGCCCCAAUGAAUGGUGUCUGUCAGGACAAUCUGGUUCAAUUCAAGAUAAGAUAAAUGACAAAGGUGAUGAACAUGCUCGUGAGAAAUUCAAAGAGGGUCAGACAAAACCGGUUUUCCUGGAAGGGAAAUCACAAGUUUUCUUCAGACCUACAAAAUUUGAUUCUAGCCAGUCUCUUUCUUAUGUUCCAUAUGCUUAUGCUGACACACAGUACACGGGAGGCUUGGCUGCUUAUGGUUCUCAUGCUGUUGUUCAUCCUCAAAUGAUUGGUAUGCCACCUUCACGUUUUGCGUUGCCUGUUCAGCCUUCAGGGGAAGAACCUAUAUAUGUUAAUGCUAAGCAAUACCAUGCCAUCCUCCGUAGACGAGAGCACCGCGCAAAGUUAGAGUCUCAAAGCAAAACUGUGAAAACCCGCAAGCCAUAUCUUCAUGAAUCUCGGCACCAGCAUGCCAUGAAGAGGGCAAGAGGAAUCGGUGGAAGAUUCCUGAACACCAAGAAACCUCAGGAGCAACAGUCACAGCUUUCUUCAAAAACUGCAGAAGUCCAACAUUUGGCAAGCUCCGGAGACCGUCACGCCGGCAGAACGAUUGGCCUGUCGAACUCUAUUUCCGCCGCACCGAUAUGCCCGAAAAUAACAAGUGUUUCUAACAGUGGGGGACCUAGGGGCAUCUUCCAGUCUCAGCACCAUUUUGGCUUCUCCUCCUCUGAUCGCCAAUCUCAGUUCCAAAGGAACAUUCAUGAAGGUUAUGAUGGCCUCUUCAACAAUGGACCGAAGCCGGCGGUGCCGGUUAACAGGUAGAAAUGGAGGUCCUCAUUGCAGCAAAUUGCGGCAACUCAUCCUUGGCUUUUGUGUUCUUUCUCGAUGAAAGACUUAUUCUGAGAAUGUAUAAUGAACCAUACAAAAUUAAGCUAGAAAAUGGCUGUGUAGAUGUUCAGAAAUGUUGUGUUUGGAAGAUGGUUGUGUUUAAAACUUGAUAGCAGGUUUUAUUAUAUUAUGUUGCUCCAUCUCUAAUAUUUUGUAAUGGUUAGAUUGACACUUUUAUUAACUUUGUGUUUUGCCUUUCCAAAA